UGGGAGAGCAGCAUCACGGAUCAGAACCGAAGCGGGCAGGAGUGGACUGAAGGCGGCCGCCGUCGUGUCUGUGCUGUCAACUGUUGAUUCCUGCCUCCGUCAAUGACUCUUGGAAGGUUUAUGAACAACCGUGUUCCUUCUAACAAGAGAUACCAGCCCACGGACUAUGAGCAUGCAGCCAACUGCGCCACGCAUGCGUUGUGGAUAAUUCCCAGCCUGCUGGGCAGCUCCCUGCUGCACUUCCGGUCCGAGGACCAAUGGGAGCGCGUGUCUGCCUGGGUGUAUGGGGCGGGCCUCAGCUCGCUCUUCACCAUCUCCACCCUCUUUCACACCGUGGCCUGGAAGAAGAGCCACCUACGCGGUGUGGAGCAUUGUUUCCACAUGUGCGACAGGAUGGUGAUCUAUUUCUUCAUCGCUGCCUCCUACGCUCCUUGGCUCAACCUCCGAGAACUGGGCCCCUGGGCGAGCCACAUGCGCUGGCUGGUGUGGGUCAUGGCGCUGUCCGGGACCGCCUACGUCUUCUUCUUCCACGAGAGGUACAAGAUCAUGGAGCUCAUCUGCUACACGGUGAUGGGCGUCUUUCCCGCCUUGGUCAUCCUCUCCAUGCCGGAGCAGGCGGGCUUGUGCGAGCUGCUGGUGGGCGGAGCCUUCUACUGCCUGGGCAUGGUCUUCUUUAAGAGCGACGGCAUCGUGCCCUUCGCCCACGCCAUUUGGCACCUCUUCGUGGCCACGGGGGCGGCCGUGCACUACUACGCCAUCUGGAAGUACCUCUACGCUCAGCCCGUCAGCCCGGUCCAGACCUCCAGAUGACAGCGCCGCUGACCCCCCCCCCCCCCCCCCAGUGAGCUGUCAACCCCGCCCCCUCUAACCCCUCCCCCCUACUACAGGCCGCCACAGAACGUUCCAUUUCAACUGGCUGUAGUUUGCUUCCAGGGGAGGGCGCGUCAUUCAGUGUCUUUGUGUCAAGUGUUUACACUCGCUAUGGUGACUUCACCGUGCUCACGUUCAUUUCAGAGCGCUUGAUGGUGUUUUUUACUGCUAACAACUUUCUUUGACGCUCAUUUGCACAUCAAGCAUGACUGUUUAUAGCGGGGGUGUCCAAAGUAAGUCCUUAUUAUUAAUAAGCUAUAUUUUGAUUUAUCACCGACAACACAAAACUACAAUUAUUCAGGUUGUUUUUGCCUCAUUCCUGAGAGAACCCUGCGUGUGACGGGAGCAUUAAGGAGUGGGACUAUCCAGGACUAGCUGCAGGGUGCUGGAACAACCACCAGGUAGUAGGGGUGUGAAUCUUUGGGCAUCUAACGAUUUGAUCCGAUUCCUGGGGUGACUAUUCGAUUCAGGAUUGAUUCUCGAGUCAACUCUAUUCUUGAUUCAAAACCGGUUCUCGCAAUGUUUCAUUUGGUAUAAUAAUUGAAACUUUAAUGAAACAGAUUGCAGGUUAGAAAAAGCUUCUUCUGAUUGCAUGAAGACCGCCGAAAAACGCCUUAAAAAAAACAACAAAAAACACUGACAUCUAUUAAACAAGACAAGAAGCAAGGAAUCAAACAGAGACAGAAUUAAAUUUGGCUCAAUGAGGAGAAACACGUAGACACUGUACCCUUGCACAGUGUCGUCACACGCUCUGACGAAAGAUUGUACGCCGCCUCUUUUUCUGAACUUUCCCUGAUUACAUGGCAACAGCUGUUUCUAAGGAACGGGGGUCGUAAACAGCCAUCGCCUUUGAUUACGAACAGUUCAAAGAAAAGGUGGUAAAACAGUUCAAAGAAACAGAACACCUUCAUGUUGCUUCGCAUCCUACACAGUGGAGUUUUACAAGCCUUCUUCUUGGUAGGAUCAAAGACAGCUUUUGUCUUCUCGCCGGGCGAGCUGAACUCAAUGUAACACAAAGUUGUGUGGUAACUUAGAUACAAUUAUUCUAACACAUUCUUACAUAUAUAU